GCAACUCAACAGCCUUGCUUUGCCCCACUCCUUCCUCUUCUGAACCCUUGGCAUCCUUUUGUCCAGGGAGUAAAGGGUUACUCAAGCAGCACAAGGCAGAGGGGAGCUUCCGGUUCCUGGCAGAGCUUCUGGGAAAGGAAGGGGAGGAGCGACAGGCCUGUGCUUUCUUCUGUUCCUGUGAGCCCUGUUCCAUACUGCCCACCUUGCAAUGAAGAAAACUCCACGCAAAACCCAAGGUGAGCGUUACCGCCUGAAGUUCCGGCGCCUGCGUUGCGCAGCCAAAGUGUUGGUUUAUGAGAACGCAGCCCUGUGUGAUGAAAUCGCUAGACUUGAGACCAAAUACCUGCGAGUGCGUGAAGAGCGCCGCUUUCUGCUUGCUCGCCUGUUGCAAGCACAAGCCCUAGCAGAAGAUGAGCCGCCUCUGGCAGCUGUCGCUGCUGUUUCACAGCCCUCACCGGAUGAGCCAGCUGCCCGCAAGCCCCGCCGGGAACGCAAAGGCAAAGAGAAUGGCCGGGCCCCCAAGCGCAGGGCAGCACCAGAGCUGGGCACCCGCCGUCUGGUUCCUCCACUUCCCUUGGAUCCUUCUGGACGGCCGGUUUUCCCCAUCACAUUGGGCUUGCUGACAGUCUACAGCUUGGGGGAAAUUGUCCCCGACCGUCCAGGUUUCCACAUGGAGACUGCCAUUUAUCCUGUCGGGUACUGCAGCACCAGGAUCUUUGCCAGUGCCCGCAGACCAGUUCACCGCUGCCUCUACACCUGUCAGAUUAAGGAUGGCGGCACCGGGCCACACUUUGAGAUUGCCCCUGAGGAUGAGCCAGGUUGCGUUGUAGCUGGCUCCACUCCCGAUGCCUGCCACGCUCAGCUCCUCGAGGCUGUGGGUGCAGCUCAGGUCGAGCCAGCAGGUGCAGAGUUCUUUGGCCUCUCACACCCAGCCAUUCAGCACCUCAUCCAGAGCUGCCCAGGUGCUCGCAAGUGUGCUGGAUACCGCUGGCUCCGCUUUGAGGUGUGCCGCCAAGCAGAUGGGCCCCCUCCCGAGGGGUUACCCCCAGGAAACCCUGGGACUGACUUUGAGGCUUUCCAAAACCAAGGUUUGGCAGGGCCUGUGGGUCUUGACUUCCCCACUGCUACCCCUUCUCCACCUAGUGGCAAUGGAUAUGCAGAACUUUUUCUGCCCUCAGGAGGCUCCCCCAUCCCCCAAAGCCCAGAAAGCGACACUGACUGAAUCUGGCCGGUCACAUGCCUAUGCAGAAUUUGACUCUGAAGACCAGGGUCAUCCAGAACUCUACCUGGGUUUUCCCACAGCUGAAAUUGCACCAAUGUCAUCAACGGCUUGCACUGUACAAAGCAUCAAGUUUGAAAACUGAUGUAAUGUUGUCUCUUUCAUCCUUCAUGGGCAUCCAUUGACAUGUAGACCUCCAAGCGUGCAUGUGUAUUUACAUUCACACAGACUCUUGAAAUAAGUGCUUUAAAUGAUUACUUGACUAUUUCAUUUUGGCCUAGUCACCCCAAAGUAAAACCUCCCUUCUCUUGCGAAUGUGCCCCCAUAUGGCUUUAUGUACAUCUAAUUAUGUCCUUUGGACAACGAUAAAAGACGUUUAGCCCCACAAAGGCAUAUUUACCAGAUAACUUCACUGCAAGAGAAUAAUAUUUUUGUAUCAUAAACUAUUAGGUAAACUCCCCUGCAAAUGCUAUCUGCUAUAACCACUUGAAUGCUGGCCGGAAGCAAAAAUUUUGUAGGCCAGCAGUGUAUUUAAAAACUGGGAAUGUGUUAACCUGUGUUACAGCACAGAUCCCUGUGUUUCUCCAUUAAUGAAAGGCACUGUCACUAACCAUUGGUUGUUUUUCAUGGGCAAGUAGAAGCAGAUUAGGCCAAUAUUGGAGGAUUCAUGUUGGUGUAAUGAAAUGGCUUGCAUGGGAUAAGGAGCUGAUGGGAACUGAACUGAGCAUUGUGAUGGGUUUUCCCCUCUUUCAUUUCCUUUGAUGUGUAUGUUAAGAGGCUUGUAUGUGAGACUCAUUGCUGAAACCCCCUUGUAAUAAAGGUUUUGAAAUUCUG